AUGUCUGGAAAUCAGGCCAUCGCCGUUAACUCGGGCGUUUUUCGGCACGCCGACCUUGAGAUCACCGACCAUGGCUCUGACUGGCUCUUCACUGUCUGUGCCAUCAUGGGUGCCUCGACUGUUGCAUUCAUGGGCAUGGCCUUCUCCAAGCGCCAGACUGACCGCCUCUUCCACUACAUCACCGCCGCCAUCACCUGUACCGCCUGCAUAGCCUACUUUGCGAUGGGCUCCAACCUGGGCCAGGUUCCCAUCCAGGCCGAGUUUGUCCGGCCUAACAGCUCCCAAGUGUUCGCUGCCGGCACUCGCGAAAUCUUCUACGUCCGCUACAUUGACUGGGUCGUCACCACUCCCCUUCUGCUGCUGGACCUGAUGCUCACAGCCGGCAUGCCAACAUCGACUAUUUUGGCCACCAUUUUCGCUGACGAGGUCAUGGUUGUCACUGGCCUCGUUGGUGCCCUUACCCAAACCACUUACAAGUGGGGCUUCUGGACCUUUGGCGUUGCUGCCUUCUUCUUCGUCGUCUAUGAGAUCUUGAUCGAUGGCCGCCGCCAUGCCAACGCCCUUGGCGGUGCCCCCAAGAAGGCCUACAACCUUGGUGGUGUCUGGCUCAUUGGCAUCUGGUUCCUCUACCCCAUUGCCUGGGGCUUGUGCGAGGGUGGCAACGUCAUCCACCCCGACUCCGAGGCCAUCUUCUACGGCAUUCUGGAUGUACUGGCCAAGCCUGGCUUCGGGUUCCUGCUGCUGUUCCUUCACCGCAACAUCGAUGUUGCCGACCUCGGCCUCAACAUCCGCGAGCCCGGCCAGCGCAACAUUUCCCACGAGAAGAACGGCCGUGGCCACCACGCCACGGAGGGCCCCGGUCCUAACGUCGGCACCAACACUGCCACCGGCGCCAACACUGCCGUUUAA